AUGCGGGACGAGAGCAAGUCGCAAUACAGGAAGGACCCGGCUUUCCCCCUGCUUUUCGGGAAACGAUGGCACCAACUUUCGAGGACACGGGAGGCCAACAGAAGCCGAUCGGAGGAGGGCGCCGACUCGAACCUGGGCCAGCAUGGGGGCGAGCGCGGAAGCCCCGCGGACCACACGCAUCCCGGCUGCAUUGGCCAAGCGUCGCCCUGCGGGACGACAACAACAAGCGAGGGGAAACCGGAGCAGAGGACGGGCGCGGUGGGCCCGGAGUCGGCCCGUGUUGCGGAACAUCAGCCCGGGAGAGGGAGACAGGCCGCACGCCCACCGCACUUUUCCGAGCGGCUGCCCGGCGAGGAAUCGGCACUCUCCGCCCGCAGCGUCGGCGGCAAGAUCGCCGCGGUUCCGAGGGCACACCACCAGCCGGCCGGGGGUCAGGAGGCUUGGAUCGGCUUUACCGGUCAACAACGCCAUGGCAAUAUCCGCUGUCCCUUCUGCUCAAAGCCCUUCCCGGGGGGUCGCAUCGAGGAUCACCUGUUGAGCUGCCUCACCUCUCCUCCCCUACCUUACAAUACGGACGUGCUCAGUAAAGACAGCGGAGAGUGCUCCAUCUGUCUGGAGGAUCUGGUACAGGGAGAGACCAUCGCCAGGCUGGCUUGCCUCUGCGUCUACCAUAAGAGCUGCAUUGAUUCCUGGUCCAAGGUGAAACCCUGCUGCCCUGAACACCCCUUCGAUUGACUCCCGGGUCACAUGUGUUCUGCUCAGUGACCAACCCCGCUCAGGAGACUACACUGAAUCCCAAUAAAAUCCCAAUAAAAGAAAGCGUGUAAUUGAACAAAUAACAGCCCUCUGUCCCUCUCAGACACAAACCGAUAUUUGAGUGGAGAACAGACGAUCCCAAGGGGAAGCUCCAGUUAGCGACACCCGACACUCUCCGCUUGGAUCGGUCCAUUUGAACUUGGCCUCUGCAAUUAAAUGCCAAACUCCAACAGUAAAAAAAAAACAAAACAGUGGCUCCGUCUAAUCUCUGGUCAAGACCCUUUUUUUUUUUUGGAACAGAAGCAGAGGAGGUUCCCUUUCUAUGUUACGGACUUGGCCCUGACUCCGCGGAACAUAAAAAAAAAUCUAAUAAACAUCAUCAUCCCAGAACGGUGGAUUUCCCCCCGAAAGAUCUUUAACUUAGGGAGGAAACACGACUAAAAAAUGGUUUAACUGUGACUCUGGGUUCUCUCCUGUGUAUUUUUUUCCUCCCUCCAAAUGGGAUUGGUCAUUUUAUCAAGUAUUUUGCAGAAAAAGUAUUGUUCCAUGUCAUACAUCGGAUGAAUGUUUUCUUUCCUCGGCUAACCCCAAAUGAACCAACCUCACACUGAAAGCGUGAACUGUUACCGCAUAAACAUUUGCUUUAUUUUGAACCAGCUGGAGGUUGAGGGCUUGUUUUUUUUUCUUGGUGAAUGGGGGCUGCCGUUACUAGGUUUUUUUUUUGUUGGUUUUUUUUCUAUAACUUGUAAACAUUUCAGGGGAAGUUUUGGGGGCUAAUUGUUUCCAUGAGUAGGUCAGUUUUCUUGUAGGUGGUUAGUUAGCUCUGAGUUUAAUGUGCUGCUACUUGGUGAGUGUUUUUAGGAAGGUUGUAGGUAUUUCAUAGGGCCAUAGCAGCGCUGGUGUUUGCACCAAUUUGAGCACUUUUGUCCUUCACGGCUGAUUUUUUUUUUUCCACAUGAGGUCUGGGUUUUGUGUGUGUGUGUGUGUGUGUGUUGACACGAUGACCAGGGACAGGAUAAUGUCCUGAACAUGACUGAAAGUGUGUGGCUUUGUGUGUGUUUACUGUAAAUGGCCCAGAAGUCUGCUUGGUCAAGCGGGUUACCCCCUUAUUUUUUUUUUUUUAAUGCUAGUUUUUUUAAACUACAGUCACUCUGACAAACAUCCUGUUACAUGUGGCAUUGGUACGCAACAUGGCGGCUCAUGUGGUCCAGCUGUACUUCUGAAUGCGGUUUGGGUUUUUUUCAGUCCCGCCACCCCCUCUUCCUCUCUCCUCAUUCUCAAAGCACUCUCUCUGGGGGGGCAGUGGUGGGGGGUGUAGUCCGGAUUUUUUGGACCGGACCCCAAGGGACAGUUUGGCCAUCUGGUUCCAUCGGUGCCAGAUCGAGGAGAGAUAAAGGGACGGAUGGAUUGAGGGAUGUAUUUUUGGGAGCAUGUUUACACCAUGUGGCAUCUGUCUCUCUUUCCAGCACUAGAGGCUAUGGACAGCUGAUGGUUAAUUAUUACAUAACUAGCCCCCCCACCCUUAUUUCUUUUUAGGUUUUUUAGAUAUUAUAUCAUCACAUUAUGAUCAUGAUUAUUGCUAAAUAUGUUAAAUGGCUUUCCUUUGCCUUUUCCGUGUGAUUGCCUUUGCCUGGUGAAGGGGUUCUUGUGCACGCAGCUAUUUGUAGUGUUUUGUUGUUGUUGGUUUUUUAGGGCUGAACUGAGGUGGAAGCACAACAGUUAAGGCUGCUCAACAGAUGCUGUCUGGUGCAGACUGUACUGUACAUAGGCCAGGAUAAAGUGGGGAAAGAACAAAAACAUGAAUUGAUUGCUCUUGCUGCCUGCUCAAAAGGCGAGUCUGUUCCAUGCGUUUUAAUCUCCGUGCUUACAAGCGCUAUGGAUCGGUUUAGAGGGCAGCCCAGUGCACAGGUUUCCUACCGGCUAGUUUGUUCACCCCAGCCUCUUUUUUUUUUUUUUUCCCCACCCCCCUUUUCUUUUCUGGCGUUCUGCAGUCUGAGGUGCUAUGACUUGUCCCGCCACUAGAGGGCAGCCCUGUGCAUGUUUUGUCAUUUUUUGUAUAAUGGUGAAAAGAAAAAUAAUGCCAAAUGUCUGUGUGUGUGUGUUGGGCGGGCAUUGUGUGAGCGAGUGCGGGAGACGAGCUGCAUUGAUCACUAGAUGUUACAUUUGUUGUGGUGAUAAGUUAUGAUGAUGUAUACUUUGGCUGGGUGGGGGUGAUUGUGUGUGUGUGUGUUUGGGGGAGGGGGGUUGGAGGUAGUGGUUGGGUUGUCGAUAAAGAUAAUAGACAAUCUGAAACCCCACAUUACUCUUAUGUACUUUCUUACCCCCUCUAAGCUGUGUGGUGCAAUACCUCAAUUUUUACCAACUAACUAAACGCUCUCCGUGUGUAAACUAGCUUCUCUCCAACCAAGGACGGUAUUUUGUAUAAAUGUCCCUAAAUCCCUUGGUUUUGAAUCGCAGGGCGCUGAUCCCCUGUGUGCCCUGUCCUUUGAGGCCGAUGUAUUAGAUGAGAAUGUUUUUCAAAGAGUCACCACAGCGGUAUCUGCAUCCCCCAAGAUAUGGACAAUCUGCCUUUACUCUGGUAUUAAAACAAAUUGAAUUUUAUUUAUUAAAUUGUAAAUAUGUAAUGCAAUUCAAGAAAAUGGCUUGGUCUUUGUCUGUUCAAUAUACUGUUUCUAAGCUCCAAUCUUUUGUAUGUCUCAGAAAUUGUUUUUUAUAUGUAUUUUUUACAAUAAAUAUGUGUGAGAGACGUUU